GUUGGUUGUAGUUAGAUUUUACUGUGACCAUUGAAAAAAAGGUUGAAAACAUUUCAGAAAAAUGAAAGCAACAUUUGUAUACCUGGUGAUGCAACUGAUCUCUAUCCAAGGUCUACAUUUAAAUCUUGAGAGACACACGGAGACUGAAAAGAUGUGUCUUAAACUUCAAUGUAUGGAGAACAAAACAGAUGACACGGAAUUUUCAGCUCUUGUCAACAUGUCAGUCUAUUGGAUCAGUGAAUCUGAUGAUGAAGUGAUGCUGGCGUCCAUUUCAGAGUCUGACUCAAAAGUGCUAAAUUAUAAAAUAACCGAAGCAGAAGUGACAGGAAAAAUGUCCAAAGACUACGGCGAGCUAAUCGUUUCAUCUUUUAACAAUUCUUUGUCAUGCACCUUUGCCAAUUUCGCAUGUGAAAUAAAUUUUAUAAACAAAUCAGGAAACCAGAUGAAGCGAGUUUAUUACACAAUGAGCCCUGAAAGCAAUGACCAAAAACAAGCCAUGCUGCUGAUGACUUUGAAAGCUAAAACUUAUGACUUUGUUACAACUGUCGACGCAAUGGCCAAUUUUUUGAAGUCAUUUGGAAAUCCAAACAAACACAGUGCUGAUUUGGCAAUGUCCUUGCAGAUGUUAAAAUCUGAAAGUGGUCAGCAUAGUGAAUACGACAUUUCACUUACAACAGAUGGUAUAACCGAAGGUGAUAAACGUACGGAUGUUGCAUCCCCUUUGCCUCUACUCAAUUCAAAACUUAACAACAAAAGAGGUCAAGGACGUGUUGAAGGUGUCGCUUCCAAAAACUGUACACAAAAAGAUGUUUUGGAUUCGCUUCUAGAAAUACGAAACUCAGCCCAAUCUAUGAUUGCUAUUGGAAACAGCGUAGAAAAUCUGUUGAAUAAAGUGCUUCAAAACAGUUUGAGCCAAUCUGAUUGGAGAGAUACCAAUGCUACUUUAAGCAAUGUGCUGCCUCUAACAUCAAGCUCUGACAAAACAAACGAAGUUGAUUUAGAAGAAAACAGUAAUUUUAUGUUUAUAAAUAAGUGUGUGAUCAAGAAUGAUACUAAUCUACCAGACCGCGACGUAGUGAAGUUGGAUGACCAUAAAGAAACCUUAUGUGAUACCAAGACUGACGGUGGCGGAUGGAUUGUCAUACAGAGAAGAUUUAAAGGCGACGUUAAUUUUACAAGAAAUUGGAGAGAGUAUAAAGAAGGAUUUGGUACAACAUUAGGUGAUUACUGGUUAGGAAAUGACUGGAUUUCAAACUUAACACAUAUGGGCUACAACCGGCUGCGUGUUGAUAUGACGUUUCACGGUAGAAACUAUUCUUCUGAAUAUGUCGAUUUCACACUUGGAAAUGAAGCUGCGUCUUACUUGAUACAUUUUAAGACGUUGAGGGAUUCAACCAACACGUUCAUUCGUCACAGUGGCUACAAGUUUACGACAAUAGACAGAGACAAUGAUGUAUAUGAUGGCAACUGUGCUCUUAGAUACAAGGGUGGCUGGUGGUACGAUGCUUGUCACAGUGUUAAUAUCAAUGGGGUUUGGGGUCAUCUCGAUUACGGUAUGGGUCUGAACUGGGUUGGUAUUACCGGCUAUUACGACACGUUGAGUUUUGUCGAGAUGAAAAUAAGAAAAGGGUGAGAAAUUGUACAUUUCAGAAAAAUAUAAUGAAAACAUCUGUCGUAUAGAAACCGUUUUCUUUAUAAAAGUUUUUAAGUUAUAUACAAGAAUAAAAUGAGUGCUUAUUUAUAAAGGUUAAAAAAUUCAAACAAUGAUUGUUAAUUAAUUUUGCUAACAAAUAUUUUAAAAUUUCAAAGAUUUAUAAAUUUUUUAUUAUCCUCUGUGAAAUUGAAAAUCAUUGCAUCAUAUAAACUUUUUAUACAAGUCUACUAAAAUGAUAAAUAAUAAUUAUUUUUUAAAAAAAUAAUAGUAAACUAUUAAUGAUUAAUAUUUAAUAUAUUCUUUUCUGCAACAUAUUUUACUUUUAUUAGAAGUGUUAAUUUUUGCUUACAUCAUAUAUCUAAACGGAAGUUAAAUUUGAAUAUUUAAAAAGGAAAUAUAGUUAGUAUAUGUUGUUUAACAGAUCCAAAAAAUAAAACACGUUUUGUGAACUUAUCUUAAUAAUAAAAGACAUGAUAUAUCUUGCGUUAUGAUAUCUAUAAGUUAAUACAUAAUAUUUUUUCUAUAAGCUAAAUUAUUGAAUUUGCAUAUAUAUAUAUAUAUAUAUAUAUAUAUAUAUAUAUAUAUAUAUAU